AUGAUAAGACAUAAUGCUGACAACGUGAAAGCCAUUGUGGUUUCUCAAUUUCAAAUUAAAAACGAGACGUAUUAUUCUGUGGCUUUACUUAAUAAAUUUCUCGACUUUGAUACAUUUGAUUUGCAAGAAUAUGAACAUUUUGAGAAAGUAGAAAAUGGUGAUCUCUCUUGGAUAAUACCGAAUAAAUUCCUUGCGUUUUGUGGACCACAUUCACAAACGAAGAUAGAAAAUGGUUAUCCUCUACAUUCACCAGAAGCUUACUUUCCAUAUUUCCGUAAAAGAAAUGUAACCACUAUAAUUAGGUUGAAUAAAAAAGUUUACGAUGCUAAGCGUUUCACCAAUGCUGGCUUCGCUCAUUAUGAUUUAUUUUUUACUGAUGGGAGUUGUCCAUCUGAUCAUAUAAUGAAUCGAUUUUUAGAAAUAUGCGAAAAUGUUACGGGAGCAAUUGCUGUACAUUGUAAAGCUGGUUUAGGUCGUACUGGUACACUGAUUGGAUGUUAUUUAAUGAAACAUUAUAAACUUACUUCACGUGAAGUGAUAGGUUGGAUUCGUAUCUGUCGUCCUGGUUCGAUUAUUGGACCACAACAACAUUGGUUAGAUUUAAAACAACCAAUUUGUUGGCAAUUUGGUGAAAUUUACAGAGAAAAUCAGCGUCAAUUAACAACAACACAUUUAGCAGAAUCAUCCAUGAGUAGUGAUGAAGAUUUCAACGUAGCAGAAACAGUAAAAUUACAAAAUACUGUAAAGAAAAAUGAUUUAUUAACGUAUAGAUCUUCAGAAAAUGGAUUAUUAGUUAAGAAUGGUAGAAUCUGUAAAUCUGUUACUCCAGUACCAUUGGUUAGGUCAAAUUAUAAUUCAAAUGAUCUUGGCAUUAAAAAUGUUUGCACUAUUCCACCUAUUUUAUCUCCCGAAAUUUUGUUUUCAAACAGUCUUGUUCAAAACCAACAUAAAAGAUGUUUGAGUAAUAACAAUAAUAAUAAUAAUAUGAAUAUGAAUAAAAACGUCAAAUCGAAUAUCGGCAAUGCAAGAAAAACAACAACAAUAACAACCACUACUACUAAUAACAUUAAUAAUAAUAGUAUCUGUUCUCUUGGAAUUAGUACUGAUAAUACUGGCAGUAGUAAUGAUAGUAAUAAUGAUAAUAGUGGUAUUAGUGAUAGUAAUAGUAACAGUCUUAGUAUUAGUAGUAAUAGUAGUAGUAGUGCAUCUAUCACCGAGACUCUCACUAAUUCUCCACGAUGUUACAAUAUAACUGUUAAAAAUAUUAAUUUAUCACAAUUAUCUAAUGACCAAUCAAAAAAUGCAUCAAAAUUAAAAAACAAUAAAUCUUUAUCAAAAACCAAUUCAGAUAUUUCAUCGAAAUGUUUUGAUCGCGAAGUGAUUAUUAAUCCAAACUUAAUUAAUGUACAAAAAUCAAAGAAAUUAUCUAAAUUAAAUUCAAAAUCACGUAUUAGUCAAGGUGAUCAGUUGAAUAGAAUAAAAGCAAUGAGACGUCCAAUGCAACAGCGUGUAUCAGAUUCCCAAAAACGCAGUAAUAUAAAAUUAACAAACAGUAAUAGUAAUUUGAAUCGUACCUUCAAUCGUGCGGCAAGUACUUCAACUGAUAUACAUGAUUUGGAUCGUGGUUCUGUUUCAUGUACAUCAUCCAUGACAAAUAUUCAAGAUCAAUUGCCUGGAUCUACAUUAACCUAUUCAUCUAGUCCUGACAACUUUAAUAAUACUAAUUCGUUAUGCUCAAACACUAAGAAUAAAAAAAGUGGAGAUAUGUCUCCUAUAUAUUCGGGUAAUAAUGAUUCAAGAACUCAACCUGAUACCUACACAAAGUGUACUCCAUCUACUAUUGUAUCUCCAACUGUUCCACCACGUUUUUCUCGAUAUUCAACUCGUCAGUCGUCAAAUCGUAACAACAGUGGUUCAAUCACAGUUAAAGUACGGUGA